AUGAAAAUAUUCGCAGAACCAGUAAUCCCGCCGGGGUACACUUCUUGUGAGUCAGAUGAAUUCACCCUCUCUGAUGCUCCCGUAUCCCUCCAAAUCACUCCGGACGACUGGAAACUUUCUCCGAAAAUAGACAAAAAAUUUCAAGAGGACACCAGCAAGACGCUAGUAACGCCCGAUCAUAAAGAAUAUGGAUACAUCUCCUUUUCCCACUAUCCGUCACUUCGAGAAGAUGAUAGUGAUGAAUCGUGGAAUUUGGACGGUACCAAGUUGUUGGUUAGGAUUUGGAAACCACAAGUUCAAAUACAUGGUCAUAGAAUGCAAUAUUUGGAAUUAUCAGAGAAAUCUGAAGAGACAAAAAGGCGGGAAGAUUUGUUGGGGAUGAUGAAGAUACAAAGUCCAUAUGAAGAGACCAUAAAACAAGCGGAAGUGAAGGAAAAUUUUGGGAGAGGGAAGAAGAAAAAGAAAGGAAAGUGCACUGUUCAAUAA